CCGGGUGCGCCGGGCGCGGCGUCCCCUGCCUUGUGCUCCUGCCGCCGCCGCCGCCGCCGCGACCCCGGCUUCCUGGCGCGGGGACCCUGAGCCCCGGCCCGCGGUGUCAGCCGGCGCGCGCGCAGCACACUCGCCCUUGCACACACACGCACUCACGCCCGCCGCAGCCGCACGCGCCCGCACGCGCCCGCCCUCCCCGGCCGGCAACCGCUCGGGCCGGGGCUCCUUGGGGCUCCUUUGUGCUCCCGCGGCGGCCGCCCUCCGGCUCGGUGAGCCCGCGGGUGUCGCGGUGCGGGGCGUGUGGCCGUGCGCCGCGGUGCCGGGUGGCUCCCUCCGGCCGGCCGCGGGCCCCGCUCGCCCUCCGCAGGAGCCGCUGCACCGGGGUCUCAGCACAAACUUCUGGAACUCAUGACCCAUGAAGUCUUGUCAACAGUCACACCAUCUGAGGGUAGCAGCAAUGAAGUAGAAGCAGGCACACAGUGAGAGAGAGAGGCAGAGACACAGGCAGAGGGAGAAGCAGGCUCCAUGCACCGGGAGCCCGAUGUGGGAUUCGAUCCCGAGUCUCCAGGAUCGCGCCCCGGGCCAAAGAGUGGUGUGGGGGAUUGUAGUACCUCUUGGAGUGACUCCAGUGGCUUAUGGGACGUUGGCUUGGACCCUUGGUGACACCGUGCUGCAUGGGAUGAUGACGACUCAGAGAGAAAAAAGGCGUGAGGUCACCCUCGCUUGCCUCCUCUUGGCCACAGCAGGCUGCUUUGCUGACUUGAACCAGAUCCCUCAGGUCACUGUCCAGCCUUCUUCCACCGUCCAGAAGCUCGGAGGAACUGUGAUCCUGGGCUGUGUCGUGGAACCCCCAUGGAUGAACACCACCUGGCGCCUGAAUGGGAGAGAGCUGAAUGGCUCAGAUGAUGCCCUGGGCAUCCUCAUCACCCGCGGCACCCUCGUCAUCACUGCCCUCAAUAACCACACCGUGGGACGGUACCAGUGUGUGGCCCGGAUGCCUGCAGGGGCCGUGGCCAGUGUGCCAGCCACUGUGACACUAGCCAACCUCCAGGACUUCAAGUUGGAUGUGCAACACGUGAUUGAAGUGGAUGAGGGGAACACAGCAGUCAUUGCCUGCCACCUUCCAGAGAGCCAUCCAAAAGCCCAGGUCCGAUACAGUGUCAAGCAAGAGUGGCUAGAGGCAUCCAGAGAUAACUACCUGAUCAUGCCGUCAGGAAACCUCCAGAUUGUGAACGCAAGCCAGGAGGAUGAGGGAAUGUACAAGUGUGCUGCCUACAACCCGGUGACCCAGGAAGUGAAAACCUCGGGCUCCAGUGACCGGCUCCGCGUGCGCCGCUCUACUGCUGAGGCUGCUCGCAUCAUCUACCCCCCAGAGGCCCAGACCAUCAUUGUCACCAAAGGCCAGAGUCUGAUUCUGGAGUGUGUGGCCAGUGGGAUCCCACCCCCACGGGUCACCUGGGCCAAGGAUGGGUCCAGUGUCGCCGGCUACAACAAGACACGCUUCCUGCUAAGCAACCUCCUCAUCGAUGCCACCAGUGAGGAGGACUCAGGGACUUAUCGUUGCAUGGCCGAUAACGGAGUUGGGGAGCCUGGGGCAGCGGUCAUCCUGUAUAACGUCCAGGUAUUUGAACCCCCCGAGGUCACCAUGGAGCUGUCCCAGCUGGUCAUCCCGUGGGGCCAGAGUGCCAAGCUCACCUGUGAGGUGCGUGGGAACCCCCCGCCCUCUGUGCUGUGGCUGAGGAACGCUGUGCCCCUCGCCUCCAGCCAGCGCCUCCGACUGUCCCGCAGGGCCCUGCGGGUGGUUAGCGUAGGGCCCGAGGAUGAAGGCGUCUACCAGUGCAUGGCUGAGAACGAAGUCGGAAGCGCCCAUGCCGUGGUCCAGCUGAGAACCGCCAGGCCAGGCACAACCCUGAGGCCAUGGCGGGAUGCUAAGCUGGACACUGCCACCCCUCCCGUGCUGCCCUCCAAACCCGGAAGCCCUGACCAGAUGCUAAGGGGGCACCCAGGGCUUCCAAAGCCGCCGACAUCGGUGCAGCCAGCUUCCCCACAGUGCCCUGAAGAGAAGGGGCAGGUGGCUCCUGCAGAAGCACCCAUCAUUCUCAGCUCCCCCCGGACCUCCAAGACGGACUCAUAUGAGCUUGUGUGGCGGCCUCGGCACGAGGGUGGUAGCCGUGCGCCGAUCCUCUACUAUGUGGUGAAACACCGCAAGCAGGUCACAAACUCCUCUGACAAUUGGACUGUCUCCAGCAUUGCAGCCAGCCAACACCGCCUGACCCUCACCAGACUUGACCCCGGGAGUUUGUAUGAAGUGGAGAUGGCAGCUUACAACUGUGCAGGGGAAGGCCAGACAGCCAUGGUCACCUUCCGAACUGGACGGCGGCCCAAACCUGAAAUCAUGGCCAGCAAGGAGCAGCAGAUCCAGAGAGAUGAUCCAGGAGCCAACCCCCAGAGCAGCAGCCAGCCAGACCACGGUCGCCUCUCUCCCCCAGAAGCUCCAGACAGGCCCACUAUCUCCAUGGCCUCUGAGACAUCAGUGUAUGUGACAUGGAUUCCCCGUGGAAAUGGUGGCUUUCCAAUCCAGUCCUUCCGGGUAGAGUACAAGAAGCUAAAGAAAGUGGGGGACUGGAUUCUGGCCACCAGUGCCAUCCCUCCUUCCCGGCUCUCGGUGGAGAUCACUGGCCUAGAGAAAGGCACCUCCUACAAAUUCCGAGUCAGGGCUCUGAACAUGCUGGGGGAAAGUGAGCCCAGUGCCCCCUCCCGGCCAUAUGUGGUGUCAAGCUAUAGUGGCCGUGUGUACGAGAGGCCUGUGGCAGGCCCUUACAUCACCUUCACUGAUGCUGUCAACGAGACUACCAUCAUGCUCAAGUGGAUGUAUAUCCCAGCAAGUAACAACAACACCCCUAUCCAUGGCUUUUAUAUCUAUUAUCGACCCACAGACAGUGACAAUGAUAGUGACUACAAGAAGGAUAUGGUGGAAGGGGAUAGAUACUGGCACUCCAUCAGCCACCUGCAGCCAGAGACCUCCUACGACAUUAAGAUGCAGUGCUUCAAUGAGGGAGGGGAGAGUGAGUUCAGCAACGUGAUGAUCUGUGAAACCAAAGCUCGGAAGUCUUCUGGUCAGCCUGGUCGUCUCCCACCCCCAACUCUGGCCCCACCUCAGCUGCCACCCCCUGAAACCAUAGAGCGGCCGGUCGGCACCGGGGCCAUGGUGGCACGCUCCAGUGACCUGCCCUACCUGAUUGUUGGGGUCGUCCUGGGCUCUAUCGUCCUCAUCAUUGUCGCCUUCAUCCCCUUCUGUUUGUGGAGGGCCUGGUCUAAGCAAAAACAUACAACAGACCUGGGUUUUCCUCGAAGUGCCCUUCUGUCCUCCUCCUGCCAAUACACUAUGGUACCACUGGGAGGACUCCCAGGCCACCAAGCCAAUGGGCAGCCCUACCUCAGUGGCACCAGUAGACGGGCCUGUGCCAAUGGGAUCCAUGUGAAUAGGGGCUGCCCUGCAGCUGCCAUGGGCUACCCAGGCGUGAAACCUCAGCAACACUGCCCAGGGGUGCUUCAGCAGCAGGAUGACACCAGCAGCCUGCUAAAGCAGACCAUUCUUGGCACUGAAUAUGACCACACCAGUCACCAGGUUACCAGGGGUCCCAAGUCAAGUCCAGAUGAGGGCUCUUUCUUAUAUACGCUGCCUGAUGACUCAACUCACCAGCUGCUCCAGCCUCACCAAGACUGCCACCACCUCCUGGAGCGGCCUGCGGCCACAGGCCAGUCAGUCAUGAGGAAUGUACCCCCGAGUCCUGGGCUGGAAGCAACGUGGGACCCUCUCUUUCACCGAGGGCCCCCAUGCUGCUUGGGCCUUGUACCAGUUGAAGAAGUGGACAGUCCUAACUCCUGCCAAAUGGGUGGAGGAGACUGGCGUUCCCAGCACCCCACAGGGGCCUACACAGGGCAGGAACUUGGGAUGCGGCUCUCCCCCAGCCCGCCGGUGCAUAUAUCUUUUGAAACACCACCUCCUACAAUGUAGGCAGAAACCAAUAUCCCAGAAAGACUAUAUAUUGUUUUUAAAAAGAGACAGAGAAAAUUGGUAUUUAUUUUUCUAUAAUAGUCAUAUUUAUAUAUUUAUGCACUUGUAAAUAAAUGUAUAUGUGUUUUUAUAAUUCUGGAGAGACGCAGAGAAUCCUACCCAGUUGAGGUAUGAGAGGGAAAUCAAAGAUGCCACAAUAACAGGAUUCAGCCUGGCAAGAGUAACAGACGGGUCCGAACAGACUGUGAGAAGGCAGCAGAAAGCCCCCAGAGAAGCUGAUGAGAGGAUGAGCCUUAGGUAUACUGUCUACGAUGACAAGGAGGGAAAAGCCACAGGAUCUCAGGCUGGAGAUACUCAUGAAGACAGCCAGACCUGGUACUACAGGAAACGUUUUCAGAAGAUGCCCGUGAGAAUAGACUAAGAUGUGUAUAGUCCUAUUAGCAUUAACAAACCUUCCAGAAUCAAUAAUCUGUGGCAACCUAUCUCUGUAAAAACAAACACUGUAAUUUCUAAAUAAAUGUUUAGUCUUCCCUGUAACGUUCAACUUAGUCAUGUAUGAGUCAGCAUCCUCUUUAUAGGUUUUAGGAUUCAGUUUUUUGAGUUUUUGAAGAAAGUCUCCCCUUGUGACAUUUUUCAGUUCUGUCAAGAGUCUGAGAUCAGGAAGAGGUAGCGGAUGUCUAAUUCUUUAGGUAUUAUGUUGGUAACCGUUUUGGCCAAGAGAGAUUCAGCAUGAAGCAGGCAAGGAGAAGCAGAUUCGCAGUUCUCUUACUGAAUGGACUUGAGAUAGAUCAGCACUGCCAGAGGAGUUGACUCACUAGUUGUUUAAAAUCAACAUUUACUUACGUCUAUACAACCACAGGAUCAACCUUCAUACGUGCAGCUGGCACUAGCUGGGGCCUGAAGCUUUGCAACGAAAGCCCUAACAUUCAGACUGUUCCCAGGAGGGAAAAAUAUAUGUUGUGAGAUUUCAGCGAAGGUGAGUUACAGAUGGAAUGCCCCUGGAGACUCUCAAGUCUGGUUAAGUGAGUCAUGGAGGCAGAUGUUACAGGCUAGUCACCAGUGGGAGAAACAAGAUUCCAGGCCAAGUGCACCCUCUACUGGUCAGAAGAGAUACCGAGCCUGCGCCUAGCUUGUAUCACAUGCUUUUUCUGUCCAACAGCUAAAUUGGAAAAAGAGCUCUCAUCUUACGACAUGAUCUUCAGAAAAGUUGUAUUUAAUAUUUUAAGAAAUAAAAUGAAGGACUGUAAGGAACAUGGAAAUGAUAGAAGAAAUAAUAUGUAACUUCAGCCAUGACCUUGCACUGGGGACCUAAAAGUCACUUCAGGAGUGGGACAGGGCCAACUACUAACAAUCUUAACUCCGCUAAUCCAGGGCCUCUUGGAGCUGCGCUGUAACUCACCUCAUAGUCCAUGGGCUUUAAAUUUCAUUGUAUUUUUUCUUGUCUUUUCUUCCUUGAUAAUCCUAGGUAGUUGUCAAAGUGAAUUCUGGUGAACUUUAUGGAAGUGAUAUGUAAAAUUGCUUUCUGCACAGCCCUGGAACCGUAACAAUAUUGAAUGGUUUUAGCUCUCAAAAAAAUAUUUUUAGGAAAGAAAAAUCACUUCUAAGGUACAUUAAGUGAGAUGAAUAUGCAUAUUUACCUUAGCCAAUUGAAGGAAAAGAGGAAAAGUAUCAGGCCUCUAAAUUUUAGCCUAGAAAAUUAAAUACAUACUCGAGUUCAUUGUAUUUUAUAUUUCUUUAGACUCGGAUUAUUACAGUGCCUUUUGAAAGCCUGAUUCAGCCAUGCAAAGGCCGUAUAAUUUACCGAAGGAAGAGUAAGAGCUAGUAGGCAGGUGCCAAUGGUGGUACAGAGCCCAGUGCCAAAAGACUUUUGCACAGGACAGCCAGACUUGGCAACAAUGAGUAAAUGUGACAGAAGGGCCUCCACUCUACAGCUUCUUUUUCUUCCAGUAUUGGGCUUUGAUGAUACUGUGGACAAGAGUUCAGAAUAGCCAAAUUAUGUUAGCAGUUGACCCAGAGGUCAACUCAGUGUAGACAGAUUUUGGCCUCACUCUGAGGAGUAAGGCAGCUUUCUCUAAGACACAGCUAGAAGCAGAAAAUAAUUUGAUCAGGGGAGCAGGAGUGAAUGGAAAGGCUGAUACUAAACUACAGACUUAAGACUAAGUCUGGAAUCAAGUAGAAAUGAAACUAAAGCUAUCCAUAGGUCUUGUCCAAUUCAAAAUAAAAAACAACUUGAGUGUUAACUAUAUAUAACUAUAUAUUAUCAAACCUACAGGAUGAAGGCCUGCAUAUUGUGGACUUAAGUGGUGAUUUAGUCUUGGCUCAAUUCUGGGGGGAAUAAUAUCCUGACUGUAAAACCAAUCAGGAAAAAAAAAAAACGGAGUUGAAAAACUCAGAGAAUCUUUGCUGUGGCCCUUCCAUAGACUCUACAGUCAUUCUUGCUGCAAUUAGAAUCACAGAAUUUCAGAAUGGGAAAGAGAUUUAGAGCUUAUCCAAAUCCUUCAUUUGUUAGAUAAUAAAAUGAAGCCCAGGAAGAUUACGUAACUUCCUCGGGCUCCCACUACCACCUAGGGAAUGGUGUCUCCCUGGAGACCAACCACUUUAUCCAGGCAGUUGCUCAUUGCGGUAGCCAGCCAGUGAGGAACGGAAGCCUCCUGCCAAACAGCCGACUGAGUGAGUCUGGAAGUAGCCCUUCCAGUGCCAGCCAAGCUGCACAUGGCUGUGGCCCCAGCUCACAGCUUGACCAUAACCUCGUGAGACUCUGAGUCCAAAGCAGGCAGUUAAGCUGCUCCCAGAUUCCUGACCCUCAGAAACUGGGUCUUUGGAGGGAGAAAGGCAAUAACAAGCGAACUGUGGUGUUUCUCAUUACUGCUAAGCCUUUGUUCUUUGGCUAACAGAAAAGGAAGUCACUCUUAGAUCAUCUUCGGAGAUCCAUCUUUAACGAGACUCACAACUUGCUUUCCAGAAAAUGGGGCGGCAGGGGAGGGGGAGAAGGACUGAAAGUUGCUGAAUAAAACUUAUACCAUGUGGAACUAGUAUUCCCUUUUAUUUCUAUUAACACUCUGAAAAUUUGAAUACUUCAUCUUCACACAUUUUCCCAACCUAAGAGUUUACCCAAACUGAAACAAACUUCUUCCAUUGUGUUCAUACUGGUCUAUUCCUUGUUUUGAUGAAUAAUACUUUUUUUUUUUUAGUACUUUCAAAUAUAAACAACAUUCAUGGCCUACAGAAGCCAGAGGAAUGUGAAGUACAUGAGAAACACUGGAACCUCAAGGCUUACAUCUGAGAAAACUCUGUCUCAAAUAAGUGUUACUUAAACAUGCAGUCCUAAUGUGUAUUUUUUUUUUUAAUUUUAUAACCCAGCCACCCAUGAAGCCAGAACAUCAACACAAACUGGAAAUUGGCCUCUACAUUCCAAGCAACUUGGAUUGGUUAACUAGUUGACCACAAUAGACUUCCCAUUUUUUUUCUUUUUCAAAUUAAAUUAUAUUUUUUAUUCAAUUGUGGUAAAAUAUACAACAUAAAAUGUAUCAUUUUAAGCAUUUUUAUUGUACAGUUGUGUGAUAUUAAAGUAGAUGCUAAGGUGUU